UUUUCCUUUUUUCAGCAUAUUCUUCUACUGAUCUGGUCACAAGAGCUACUCGGACCAAAUGGCUGUAUCGAGGAAAGCAUUAAAAGCUCUGCCAGGAGUUUAUGGAGUCACUCACAGGCAGCCACUGUUAUUUCCAUCUACGCUCGGAUGCUCAGCUAUACUAAGCACCAGGAACAUCUACGAACGAGAUUACCGCAGACCGGGUCAGCCCCCAGACACCCGUUGGCCUUGGCAAAAGAUACACUUUGAUUUCUCCAAAGGUGUGGAGGGUAUCAAGAAGCACAUUGGAUUGUUGAAGGAUGAGUUUGUCCAACGCUGGACUGGACCAGAAGGAAGGCCAUUACUAGAGCACAUGCUGGAACAGACCCGUGUCCAGUGGGAGUUCCGUGGGCCGGAGAGUCUCGAUCUGUGGGUCGUGUCAUCUGAUCAGGAAAUUGGGGGCCAUAGUGUGGCAUACACCAAACUGGGAAAGAACAACACCACGUGUUUUCUGUACGGGUCUUUGUGCUCCACGCCUCCUCGUGAUGGAGAGACUCGAUACAGUGGAUACUGCACUCUGCGCUCCAAACAACCUUUGGCCUCAUUUGACAGAAAAAAGACCUAUGACUGGUCAAGUUUCAACACUUUACAUAUGCGUAUCCGGGGAGAUGGAAGACCGUGGAUGGUAAACGUGUCUGCUGAGACCUUCUUUUCUCAUCAGAGAGAUGACAUCUACAGUUACUUCCUCUACACUAGAGGAGGACCCUACUGGCAGGAUGUUAAGAUCCCAUUCUCCAAGUUUUUCCUUUCCAGUCGUGGAAGAAUACAGGAUAACCAGCAUGUCCUCUGGUUAGAUAAGGUAAAGAGUAUUGGUUUUACGUUGGGGGACAAGGCAGACGGUCCAUUUCAGCUGGAGAUUGACUUCAUUGGUCUGUGUAACGACCUUGCCCACACAGAGGAGUUUGCUUAUGAGCUUUACAAGAGAAACCCUGAGGUCUAAUUGGAUUAGAGGAUUCAGCAAUCACAGAUAACAAACGUUACAAACGUUUUAUUAAUAAAAACUUUGUAAAAACAAA